AUGCAAAAAGCAUGUGAAGAAGAACUUUGGAAAAUACAAAAUGAUCAUUAUUUUGAUACAAAUGUACUUCAUUAUGCAUCUUCACAAGGAAAUCUGAGACUUGUUAAAUCUUUCAUUGAAUGUGGCUGUGACAAAGAAAUCAAGAGCGAAAAUGAUGGUACACCUCUAUACUGGGCAACAAGAGAAGGUCAACUUGAAGUUAUUAAAUAUCUUAUUUCAGUUGGAGCUAAUAAAGACGCAGUGGAUAAUAAUGGAAGUACUCCACUCAUUUAUGCAUCAGAUAAUGGUCAACUUGAAGUUGUUAAAUAUCUUAUCUCACUUGGAGCUAAUAAAGAAGCAAAGAAUAAUGAUGGAUAUACUCCACUCAUUUGUGCAUCAUAUUUUGGUUAUCUUAAAGUUGUUCAAUAUCUUAUCUCAGUUGGAGCUAAUAAAGAAGCAAAGGAUAAUAAUGGAUGUACUCCGCUCAUUAAGGCAUCAUGGAAUGGUCAUCUUGAAGUUGUUCAAUAUCUUAUCUCAGUUGGAGCUAAUAAAGAAGCAAAGGAUAAUAAAGGAAAAACAGCACUUGAUAAAUCGAAAGGAGCAGUAAGAGAAUAUUUAUUAUCAAUUGCAAGAAAAUAA